AUGUCCCUCACAGGUCAUUUUAUUGAUGAUGAUUGGAAGUUGCAUAAGAAAAUUUUGAAUUUAUGUCAAGUUAAAGACCAUAAGGGGGAGACUAUAGGUAGAAAGAUUGAGAUGUGUUUGCGUGAGUGGGGUAUUAAUUGCAUAUUUACUUUAACAGUGGACAAUGCUGGCUCAAAUGGUGCCACCAUUAAGUUUUUGCAAAUUGUAACUAAAGAUUGGGAGGAGACUAUUUUAGAACAUGAGUUCUUACACAUGAGGUGUUGUGCACAUAUCCUAAAUUUGAUUGUGGGUGAUGGUAUGAGAGAAAUUGAGGCAUCCAUUGCUAAGGUGCGUGAAGCUGUGAGGUAUGUGAAGUCCUCACCAAAUAGGAAUCAAACUUUUAUAAGUUUUGUGGAGAGAUUAGGUAUUGAGUCUAAGUCUUUUCUUUGUCUAGAUGUACCAACUAGGUGGAACUCUACCUACCUCAUGUUAGAAACCGCACAAAAAUUUGAGAAAGUGUUCAUACAAAUGAACUUUGAGGAUGAUAGUUAUUCUUCAUACUUUAUGAACAAGGAGAAUAGUGGUGGUAUAGAAUCUCCUAGUGGUAUUGAUUUCCAAAAUUGUAGGAGAUUUGUGGGUUUUUUGAAGCUUUUUUACAAUGCAAUGAAAAAGUUUUCAGGUUCUUUGUAUGUUACUGCAAACACCUUUUUUGAUGAGAUGUUUGUCAUUCAAGAGAAUAUUUUCCAUUUAAGUAAAUCUCAAAACCACUUUUUGAAAAACAUGGCAACUAAAAUGGAAUCUAAGUUUGAUAAGUAUUGGGGGAAAAUGGAUAAAAUGAAUCAUUUCUUGCAUAUGACUGUGGUUCUUGAUCCAAGAAAGAAGUUGAGGUUUUUGAAGUUUUGUUUUUCUAAAAUUUAUUGGAAUGAAGUGGCUAUUGUGAUGGUUGAAUUGGUGAGGGGUUCCUUGGUUAAGUUGUACGAUUAUUACUCUUGUGUUGAUUCACCAAAAGUACAAGUACCAAGUGGGAGUGAAAGGACUCAUAUAGAAGGUGAGUCAAUUGGUUGUAGUGAUCCAUAUGCGAUGGUUAAUUCUAGGUUUAACCGUUUCUUGGAGGCUGAGCAGUCCAUAGGUUGUAGUAAUGAGAUUGACAAAUAUUUGGUUGAAAAUUGUGAAAGUAGAAGGGGGAUGGAUGUGUUGGCUGUACCUAUUUUUACUAUUGCUUCUGAGUCAACAAUUAGUAUCGGAGGACGCAUACUUGAUCCAUUUCAGAGUUCACUUUCUCCACUUAUGGUUCAAAAUCUUGUUUGUGCACAAGAUUGGCUUCAAGCCUUGGUUCCAAUUUCUUCUUGCAAAUCAAAGGAUGAGUUAGAGGCCUUGGAAGAUGAAUUUCAUGAUUUAGUUAUACGUCAAGCAGCAAUAGGUGGUGGAAGUUCAAGCUCAAGCAAAGGUAUCUCAAUUAAAGUUGAUGACUAA